GCCCCAUGGAGACGCCGCUGACCGCGGGUGGCGCUCGGCGAGUAGGAGCUGUGGCAAGUGCCUUCCAGGAGUCUGAGGUAUGAGUGGCCCCUGUGGAGAGAGGCCUGUGUCGGAAGCCAGCCCCGCCAUGAGUCUGUGGGACUUUGAGGACAGCCACAGCCGUCAGGACACCCCCAGGCCGGCUCAAGAGCCGGCCGCUGAGGAGGCCUCGGCCUUGGAGCUGCAGAUGAAGGUGGACUUCUUCCGGAAGCUGGGAUAUUCAUCCACAGAGAUCCACAGCGUCCUGCAGAAGCUGGGCAUCCAGGCAGACACGAACACAGUGCUGGGCGAGCUGGUGAAACACGGGAUGGCCACCGAGCGGGAGCGCCAGGUGUCACCAGAUUCUUGCCCUCAGCCCCCUCUAGUCCCGCGGGGUGGGGGCACCCCUAAGGCUCCCAACCUGGAGCCUCCACUCCCAGAGGAGGACAAGGAGGGCAGUGACCUGAGACCAGUGGUCAUCGAUGGGAGCAAUGUAGCCAUGAGCCAUGGGAACAAGGAGGUCUUUUCCUGCCGGGGCAUCCUGCUGGCAGUGAACUGGUUUCUGGAGCGGGGCCACACAGACAUCACAGUGUUUGUGCCAUCCUGGAGGAAGGAGCAGCCUCGGCCCGAUGUGCCCAUCACGGACCAGCACAUCCUGCGGGAACUGGAAAAGAAGAAGAUCCUGGUGUUCACACCAUCGCGGCGUGUGGGCGGCAAGCGGGUGGUGUGCUACGAUGACAGGUUCAUCGUGAAGCUGGCCCACGACUCCGACGGGAUUGUGGUUUCUAAUGACACGUACCGCGACCUCCAGGGCGAGCGGCAGGAGUGGAAGCGCUUCAUCGAGGAGCGGCUGCUCAUGUACUCCUUCGUCAAUGACAACAAGGCUUGCCGUCGGCCCCUUCUCAGCAAUUAGAAGUCUCUGCAUGGCUCCCACCUCCAGAGAGCUCUUUGCACCCUCUGCAGGUUUAUGCCCCCCGAUGACCCACUGGGCCGGCACGGGCCCAGCCUGGACAACUUCCUGCGCAAGAAGCCACUCACUUUGGAGCACAGGAAGCAGCCGUGUCCCUAUGGGAGGAAAUGCACCUACGGGAUCAAGUGCCGAUUCUUCCACCCAGAGCGGCCAAGCUGCCCCCAGCGCUCUGUGGCAGAUGAGCUCCGUGCUAAUGCUCUCCUCUCGCCCCCCAGAGCCCCAACCAAGGACAAAAGUAGCCGGCGUCCUUCACCUUCAUCCCAGUCCAGCUCUCUGCUAACAGAGAGUGAGCAGUGCAGCCUGGAUGGGAAGAAACUGGGGGCCCAGGCAUCCCCAAGGCCCCACCGGGAGGGUCUAACACAGACCUAUGCCCCAUCAGGCAGGAGCCUCCCACCUAGCGGGGGCAGUGGCGGCAGCUUCGGGCCCACAGACUGGCUCCCACAGACCCUGGACUCACUCCCAUACAUCUCCCAGGACUGCCUGGACUCGGGCAUUGGCUCCCUGGAGAGCCAGAUGUCAGAACUGUGGGGAGUUCGAGGAGGCCCUGGUGAGCCGGGCCCACCCCGAGCCCCUUACACAGGCUACAGUCCCUAUGGAUCUGAGCUCCCGGUCACUGUGGCCUUCUCUGCCUUUGGGCGGGCCAUGGGUGCUGGCCACUUCAGUGUCCCUGCCGACUACCCACCCCCACCCCCUGCCUUUCCUCCUCGAGAGUACUGGUCUGAACCAUACCCACUACCCCCACCCACACCAGUCCUUCAGGAGCCCCCAGUGCAGAACCCAGGGGCUGGCCGAGGCCCAUGGGACAGGACAGACAGCCUGGCCAAGGAGCAGGCCAGCGUGUACACCAAGCUGUGCGGUGUGUUCCCGCCACACCUGGUGGAGGCCGUGAUGGGGCGCUUCCCGCAGCUCCUGGACCCCCAGCAGCUGGCUGCCGAGAUCCUCUCUUACAAGUCCCAGCACCCCAGUGAGUAAGCUGCCCGAGGCUGGCAAGGGCAGCACCUCCAGCCUCCAGUGGCUGUCAGGCUGGGCUUUGCGCCAUCAAGCAGCCCGUUCCCAGCCCCGAGGCCCAUCCCGGAGGCUGGACAGAGGGAGGAUUCAAGUCAGGAAGGGAACCCCACAAACCAAAGAUACUGUAGAAUUGGUUCUGGCCCACGCAGCACGUCUAGCCGUCUGAAUGGGUCAGAAGCGAUCACCCUGUUGAUACACAUUGUAUCUCUGUAGUUUAAGGAGACGCUGCCGGUAACGGCGUCAGUCUGUGGCUGAGGCCCAAACCGUCUUUUCUCUCAAGAGGGUGGGGAGGGAGGUGGGGGCAGCAGAGGCCUGGGCUGGGUGCCCUGUGCACGCCACCCCACUUCCACCCCGCCCCGGGACGUUGGCCUUGGCUGGCUAGUUGGGCACCAUGUGCCCGCCCUCCGAGGGCCUCCUCUACGCCAAUGAGGCCUCAUUCGUGCUCUCGCUGGGCACGCGGCUUCGUGUCAGUAAGCAAGAUGCUUCUUAAUAACCCACCUUCUGCCCCAUUCUGUUCCUUACCCCGCUGCCCCACAGGGGUCAAGGGCCCUCUGUCUACACCUUCCUGCUGCUCCUCCUCCAUCCUCUAUUCAGAGCAAUCCUUUCCCCACAGGUGGGGGAACGUGUGUGUAUUUGUGUACACAUGUAAAUUUUAAAUAUUUUAAGCACCAGGUCCUUACCUCCUGUAAAACAUCAAUAAAGUAUAAUCAAUGUCAGCCCUUUCAAAA